AUUUGUACACGCUGCGUCGCUUUCCGCAUAGUUAUUCCUCACAAUGGCCACCUCCACGGAAGCGCAGAAGCAAGUCAAGAUCCGGUUGUCAGCCAAGGACGAGUCGAUUGCGCUACCCCAAGAAGUCGGCGAGCUGGUGAUCAGCACUGAGGUGAAGCGUUACCAGCUAUCACUGCUGGUCAAUAACCUGCUCGGAACUGCACAACCAACGCCUUUCGAGUUCCUGAUCAAUGGACAAUACCUGAGGACCAGCCUGGACGAGUUUCUGACCGAGAAUGGAAUCAGUGCAGAAACGACGCUCAGUAUCGAGUAUGUGAAGGCAUUGAGUCCUCCGCAGUAUGUUGCCAGUUACGAGCACGACGACUGGGUCUCAUCAGUAGACAUACUCUCGGAAUCUUCCGCUGCGGCAAAUUGGGCGAAUGUGACUGGAAGUCUACCGACAAGCGUAGCAUCUGGCUCCUUCGACGGAGCGCUUCGAGUGUGGAAUGAAUCACAAGAAAUACUCGCCACCGGCACAGGCUGGCAUCGUGGCUCAAUUCAUGCAACCAAGUGGCUUUCACCAACACAGAUUGCCACUGCUGGCACUGAUCGCUCAGUCCGUCUGUGGGACUAUGCGCUAUCCGGGACAGCAGCGGGAAGCGCAAAACUGUCGCCCAAGCUGGAGCUACUCGGUCACAAGGGAGCAAUCGACUCGAUAGCUGUGCACGCGCCGUCGUCGAGAAUUCUCACCGCAUCCUCAGACAACAGAAUCGGGGUUUGGAGUUCGAAGAAAUCCGAAGGUCCAGCUUAUGAAGCUCCAGCCCCUUCUUCAACAGCGAACAAGCGCCGCAAGAUCUCCGGGCCUGCCAUCUCCACUCCCCAACGAGGCGCUCUUUCCUACCUCGAAGGACACACUCAGCAUGUCAAAGACGUCGUAUUUGACACCCGCGAUCCGACAGUCGGAUAUUCCGCUUCGAUAGACCACAGCGUAAAAACCUGGGACUUGGCAACUGCAACCUGUGUUUCUACCCGCUCAACCAACCAGUCUCUCCUCUCCAUCUGUCACCUGCCAGAACACACGGGCAUUUUAGCCGGAGGCGCACUGAACAGGAUAGAUCUCAUCGACUUGCGGGCCAGCGCGAGUAAAGUCGCAGUACUCUCCUGUCGAGGCCACAAGAACUGGAUCAGAAGUAUCUCUCGUGAUCCGGAGAGUUCAUAUCGCUUCGUGUCAGGAAGUGAUGAUAGCACGUGUCGCAUUUGGGAUAUACGAUCGACGAGCCAAGAAGCUGCGGGUGGUACGGUCGCGAAACCCGUCUAUACGAUUGAUCGAGAAUCGCAAACGGGCAAGAAGGUGGAGCAAGGCAGUGAGAGCAGCGUAUAUGCGGUGGAGUGGAGUAAGGAAAUCGGAAUUGUGGCUGGAGGUAUGGAUAAGAUGUUGCAGAUCAACAGAGCUCCUUCGUAGGGGGCUUCAAUCACGACAAAGGAGUCUUGCGAAUUGGCGACGUGACCAGCAGUAUUAUGUUGGGCUUCUUUUAGGCAUAACUUACAGACGCGCGUGGUUGCGUACCUAGGCUUGCUGACAACGGGAGGUUAAGAUUCUCAAGACUGCUUCGCCAGUGGAGGCCAUAC